AUGCAAGCUUGGGCUGGAGUUAAGUGCGAACGCUUGCUGGACGAUUGUAGAAUAGACAAACGCUGGUUGGAUAGACUUGCAUGGCCGCAAAAGACUUAG